AUGAAGGUUCUGUUGCUGAAAGAUCCCAAAGACAAAGAUUCAGGACCAGAUCCCUAUAUUAAGGAAUUAGGAUUACAUGGAUUUGAAGCAACUUUGAUUCCAGUUUUGUCAUUUGAAUUCAUCUCUCUUGAAAGCUUAUUUGAAAAGCUCUCUCAUCCAGAGUGUUAUGGAGGCCUAGUUUUUACCAGUCCAAGAGCAUUAGAAGCCAUCAAGAUAUGUUUAAAAGAGAACAGUAAAAAUGAAGCCUGGUCAAAAUCUCUUAAACAAAAAUGGAAUACCAAACCAGUGUACGUGGUAGGAAAAGCUACAGCUUCUCUAGUGGAAGAAAUUGGCCUUACUCCACAAGGAGAAAAGUCUGGAAAUGCUGAAAAGUUAGCUGAAUAUAUUUGCUCAAGAGAGAAACCUAAUUCCUCAGCUCUUCUUUUUCCGUGUGGAGCCCUGAAAAGAGAAGUACUUCCUACAGUACUUAGAGAAAAAGGUGUACCUCUGGAAAGCCUUACUGUCUAUCAAACAACCCAACACGCUGACCUGCAAGAAUCUUUGAGCAGUUAUUUCUCACAACAGGUAUUGGAUGCUGAUGUAGUUUGA